CCUCCUCCUCCUCUUCCUCCACCACCAUGUCCCAGCUGCUCCACUUGGAGAUCCCCAACUUCGGCAACACGGUGCUGGGCUCCCUCAACGAGCAGCGCCUGCUGGGUCAGUACUGUGAUGUCUCCAUCCUGGUUAAAGGCCAGGCCUUCAAGGCCCACCGGGCCGUACUAGCCGCCAGCAGCCUCUACUUCCGAGACCUGUUCAGCAGCUCGUCCAAGAGCCAGUUCGAGCUGCCCUCGUCGGUGACUCCCGCCUGCUUUCAGCUGAUAUUAUCCUUCUGCUACACGGGCAAGCUGACCAUGGCAGCCAGCGAGCAGCUGGUGGUGAUGUACACUGCCGGGUAUCUUCAGAUCCAGCAUAUUGUGGAGCGGGGCAUGGACUUGAUGUUCAAGGCCAACUCGCCCCACUGUGACUCCCAGACGGCAGCCAUGGAGGAGCAGCAACCAGGCUCAGAGCCCCAGAGCCCCAGCAACAACACACUGGCCGGGGCAGGGACGUCCAUCCUGGGGCCGCCGGGCUGGUCCCCCUCUCUGGUGCAGCCCACGCGGAGGAUCAAACAGGAGGGGUGCGAUCCGUUGCCCAGCCUGAGUCAUCAUAAGAAAGGGUCCUCUUCAUCUGAGCUGGGAGGGCGGCUCUCCAAGGGAAGCUCAUUGUUCUACACGGGGGCGGGGGGAACCACCAUCUUCCCAGGGAUGCAGCCCUAUCCAGUGGCCGGGGGAGAGAGGUCCAGUCCUGGGGCCUCCAGCCUGCCUACCACGGACAGCCCCACCUCCUACCAGAAUGAGGAUGAGGAGUUUGAGGAAGAGCCGUACGACGGGAUAACGGAAGAGGCCUACAGUCAGAUCUAUGGGCGCUCAGCCAACCCAUAUGGAAGUAAGUAUUGUUGCUUAAUAAUGCAGUUCUCUGUUACUGUAUAUCCUGUACCUGGUAUUUACCUUAGAACUACAUGGUAACAUGUUGAUUACAUUACUAUAACUGCCAGCUAUUUCCCUAGUGUUCACUUUGAUAUGUAAGGGGUAAAUGCCGACAUUCUAUACAUUACCUUGAAAAUAAUGGACGAUGCAGCGGGACGAGGCGGAGCCGAGUCCCUUUGCGGAGUUCAUUUUUCCAAGGUAAUGUACAGAACGUAAGCGUUUUUCCCGCUUAUACCACAAUGGUAAAGCACACAUUUACCUGUAGAAAUAAUAUUUACUGUUAGAAAUAACAUAUAAUACAUGUUAUACCACAGCAUUGUUGAAUACUCGUUUCUGAUUGGCUAGAAGUGCAUUCUAGAAUGGACAUUAAAACCAAAUAACGGGACAGUUGGACAAGAUAUCGGGACAGUUGGAAAAGAUACUGGGACACCUUGCAAUCAUGACGCAAUAUGCACCUACACACGCAGACCAUUGCUACAAAGUUACAGAAAGCUAAACCAACAACCACACAAACCGAAACUGGAUACAUUGUAAACGCAGGUCCAAAGAAGGAAAACAUUGCUAGCUAGCAAUUUAUUUGUUUUUUCAGAAGGGCGUUAGGUUAGUGGAGGAGUGGCGGAGAGAGUUCUGGGCAUAUUCUGCCCAUGGCAAGAACACCGACCACUCCCCCGGCCGGUCCUGGCAAUAGGUCCGCAGGAACCCACCCACAUCUUGAUUAAGCCUUUCCACAUGCCCAUUAAUCUCAGGGUGGAAUCCAGAGGUCAGGCUGACCGAGACCCCCAGACGUUCCAUGAACGCCUUCCAGACCCUAGACGUGAACUGGGGACCUCAGUCGGACACUAUAUCCUCUGGUACCCCGAAGUGCCGGAAGAAGUGAGUAAACAGGGCCUCCGCAGUUUGUAGGGCCGUGGGGAGACCGGGCAGAGGAAGGAGGCGGCAGGCUUUAGAAAAGCGGUCCACAACGACCAGGAUGGUGGUGUUACCUUGGGAGAGGGGAAGAUCAGUAAGAAAAGCAAUACUUAGAUGAGACCAUGGUCGUUGUGGAACUGGUAAUGGUUGCAACUUACCCGCUGGGAGAUGCCUAGGUGCCUUACUCUGGGCGCACACCGAGCAGGAGGAGACGUACACCCUCACGUCCUUAGCCAAGGUAGGCCACCAGUAUUUAUCGGUCAGGCAGCGCACUGUAUGACCGAUACCUGGGUGACCAGAGGAGGGUGACGUGUGUGCCCAGUAGAUCAAACGAUCACGGAUAAGAUCAGGCACGUACCGCAGCCCAGCUGGACAUGAGGUGGAGAUGGAUCUGUGCGUAAUGCCUGCUCUAUAUCCGCGUCCAUCGCCCAUACUACCGGCGCCACGAUGCAGGAGGCCGGGAGUAUGGGGGUGUUGUCUCUGGGCCUCUCCUCUGUGUCAUACAGCUGGGACAGUGCAUCUGCCUUCACGUUCUUCGUACCCGGAAUGUAUGAUAGUGUGAAAUCAAACCGGGUGAAGAAGAGGGCCCAACUGGCCUGGCGAUGAUUCAGCCUCCUUGCUGCCCGGAUGUACUCCAGGUUACGGUGGUCUGUCCAGACGAGGAAAGGGUGUUUCACCCCUUCGAGCCAAUGCCUCCACACGGUCAAAGCUCGGACAACAGCCAGCAGCUCCCGAUCACCAACGCCGUAGUUCUGCUCCGCCGAGCUGAGUUUCUUAGAAAAGAAGGCACAGGGGUGGAGCUUGGGUGGCGUGCCCGAGCAUUGAGAUAGGACAGUGCCUAUCCCUACCUCGGACGCAUUCACCUCCACUACGAACGGUAGUGAUGGAUCGGGGUGGGCCAGUACUUAAGGCCAGGUCAGCCUCAGCAGACCAGCAGAGCCGGGACAGCCCACCUUUCAACAAGGAGGUAAUGGGAGCUGUGACCUUGCCAAAGCCCCGGAUAAACCUCCGAUAGUAGUUGGGAAAACGAUUGCAUGGCAUCCCGGCAGGCUAUCUCCCGUCGGAUGUCCUCCCAUAGGUGGCACCGGAAAUGGUCGAUCAGGGCCCACUCGUUCCACACCGCGCUGGCCCACUCCAGGGCUCUCCCACAGAGGCAGGAAACGAGGACGGAUACCUUCUCUCGCUCCAAUGGCGCCGGCCUGAUGCUGGAGAAAUACAGCUCCAGUUGGAGAAGGAAUCCUUUACAGCGCGCUCCCGUCCCAUCAAACGCCGGUGGCCGGGGUAUCUGGAUCCCUCCGGGUGCUGGGGUGUAGGUGGCUGGAUCCGGUUGGCCAGCUGGUCUCGACAGAUCGGGUCCUCUCCUCUCCAGGCGUUGGACGACCUGAAGAACCCGAUCCAUCGCUUCCCCCAAGCUGGCCAGCAUUGUGGAAUGCUCCUGGACCCAUGCCACGACUCCAGGCAUGUGGUCUUCUCCUGCUGACUCCAUAUCAGCGGGUGAGUGAUUCUGUGGUGAAUGAUGGACGGAGUCAGGCGCAGGAGUAAAAUAACCAGAUGUAGAUGUAUUCCUUCCAGACGUACAAUGCGCCUACAACGGCAAUCGAAACAGGUACAGGGGAAACAAUCCUCCCUGACCAAACACAGUCUCAGAAAAUACAAUAAAUGUAAUGACACAGGGGAAAAUCAACCCUGGCAAAAUAAAUGAGAGAGUAUCUCAACCGAGCUACUCUCCUCCCACAUAGAACAAUCACUCACAAAGACAAGGGGGCAGAGGGAACACUUAUACACAGACUAAUUAGGGGAUGAGCACCUGGUGUGUGUGAUUGACAAGACAAGACAAGUGGAGUGAUAAGAAUGGGAGCGGCAGUAGCUAGUAAGCCGGUGACGACGAAUGCCGAAACCUGCCCGAACAAAUUUGAUAACGUUUUGAAAAUAAGUGAAAUUGCAUUAGUUUUGAAAUUGCAUUGGUUUUCCAUAAAUGGCUACUGCUUUGGACCCAACACAGUUUGUGAGAGUAUUCCUUAGGCCUACAGUAGGUGUGAAAAUAAUGUGUCUUGGGUAUAAUUUAAAAUGUUGAGUCAAGAAGAAGGGUGGUGUGGCUUAGAUGCACAAGGCUUGUCUCUCUCCAGAAUGCGCUCUCUCCCUCCAAUUUGUGCACAGUCAUUGUCAACUUCAUUGUGUGAAUUGUUUGCCCUUUGAUUGUUAAUGUCUAGCAACUCACCAUUACAUAUACUACCAGUAGUACAUUUACCGUUAAUUCCCAUAAUUUCUCAUUUACAAUGUUUGUUUGGUUAUGGCAAUUUCUGUUAAUACAUUCAAUAUAUUAUUAUUACAGUCGUUUACCAUUCACAUUGUCGUGGACACGUUGUUUACAGAGCUCACAAACCUAUGCUACACUUGUGAGAAACAAGUUUUGGUUUAUUUCAUUCCAUUUAUGAGUUGUCAAUUUAUUCAUUGUAUUUUGUUUGGAGCGCUCCUGUCAUAUUGUUGAGGAAGGACGCGCACCUGAUUACGUAUAAAAGUAGGUCUAGGCUACCUGGUCUGUGCGCAAAUGUAUAAAUGUGCUCAUUUGGGGAUGUCUGAUAGUAUUUCUGAUUGUAUUAACUCACCACCACUAAUGAGCUGUGGAGCUUCUCAAAGUAUUUUUUUAUUCACCUCAAACAGCAAGUCAACAAAGUCUGUUUUACAUCCAUUAAGAAUGACAAUAGUUCCUCAAUGUAUUUGAAAAAUCUUUCCAGCUCUCUCCCUUUCGAUAACCACCGACCCUUGGUGUGAAAGGGAAAAAGGUCAUGCUCUGAUCCAGUGGAAACGUCAUAAAAAAGGAUUACUUCUUAUCCCUUGCGCAAAUAGAGCUGUGUCUGUCUGGAGCGCACUGGCACAGGAAACUCUGAGGCCCUGGAGUAAUUUAAGUUUGCUAGCGCGAGUUGCAGGCCAUACCCAGUUGAUAGUUGAUACAAUGUUUCAAGUUAAUUGUAGGCAGGCAGAGUAGAGAGAUGAAUGCGAUUAGAGAACAUGAACAAUCCUCCAUGUGUAGCCAGUGAUUUAUAGGAUAUUUAUUUAUAUCAAGAUAUUUUCUACCUGCAAUGUUUUUGUUUGUUGGCUUUAUGUAGGCUAUUUUUACCUAGUUUGCAAUAUAACUAAAAUACGUUAGUAUAAUUGAAAUUAAACUGUUCCACGAAAAUGUGCAUAUGAAAAUCAUAACUGGCACACAGAUCAGUAGAAAUUGUAAGAUAAAUUGUAAAUUGGGCCUCCACAUGAAAAAGGCAAAGGCCAACAAGAGCGGAAUGGGGACGGUUGGGAACAGGUUUUUUCUUCUGGUUAUCUUGAUGUCUGGCUCCCUCUUGAGUCAUUUCUGUGUCUUAGUUAUUUCAUCAAACAGUGCACUUAAAGAAUUAGGCAAGCUCAGUACAUAUAGUUGAUUUUAUUAAAACACAUAGGGUGUGUCUAAAUAUGGAUAAAUACAAGUUAAAACAGACGACUCUCGGUCAACUAAUAUAUUUUUGGGUCUUGAUCAGCCCUAGUUACAACGUUACUUACUAUGGAAAGUAACUUGUUACAUUACUUUUGCGUUACCAAAAACAGAAAACCCUCUGAAGAUGCCUUGCACGUGUUGGUCAUUCAUUCUUAUGCCCAGUAAAGGGCGUACACUACCUUUGAAUGGCUUGCAUAGCCUACUGUCCGUAGCCUAAUCUAUAACUCUGGGCUAUACCAAGUAAUAAUUACAGACACAAUAUCUCCUUUACAAUACUUAAAAUAAAUGAUUUUGUUGAAUUAUUUACACAUAAGUACUGUAAAUACAUAUAUAAAACCAACUGGGCACAUGAAAAAUGAGAGCUCAAAUACAACGACAACUGUCUACCAAUCUGUUUUACACACAGAUACGAACUGGGCAGAGAGAUUUUAUGUAAAACUAUACAGUACGAUCACAUUGUGUAAUUGUAGUUACCUUUCCAUUAUGUUUAUGGCGAAGACGGAGCUGGAGAAGUGUCCAUUCUUAUCAACUUAGCCUAACUUGAUCACCUAGCUACAUUGUUUGCUUUAUUACCUGACAGUAAAUGGGGCAUUCGCCUGAACAUGAUGAUCCUGUAUUUGCGUGUGAAUCCUGCUUUACUAAAGAUUUGAGGGGUAACAUCUGUCCUUUUCUUCUACCAAUUCAAAGUAAUGUGAAUAAUUCCACGAUAAAGGCUAUUGUCUCUGCCAUCUCGCUAGCUAUCUAGCUACCAGCUACUAUGCCAGCUACCCGCCUCAACAUUCUUGUAGAAACAGGAAGAGCACGACGAAUGUACAGUAGCGUAUGGGGAGGGAUUUUCAUUUUUUAUUUGAGCCAACAAAGAAAAAGGGAAAUAAUUUGUAAAAGUAAGUCGUUACUUAUUUGAAAAAGUAACUUAGUAACUGAUUACUUAAAUUGAAAAACAAAUGUGUUAGGUUAUUUCGUUACCACAAAAAAGUAAUCAGAGUACUGUAACACGUUACUUUAUAACGCGUUACCCCCAACACUGUUCAUGAGACAUGCAAAAAUGAAGCAAUAUAUUUUUCAUUUUUAAAUGUUAGAAUCAAAGAAUAUGCAUGUUAUGUAAAUUCAUCCACCUUAUACACACAAAAACAGCCAUGUAUAAAAUAGGUUUUAAGGGGCAAUUUUAAAUUUGAACAUUACUGAAUGUUGCAUGUGAGCUGGAUCAGGUUAGUACUCUUGUAUCAGGUAACACUUUUUAGUAAUUUAGCAGACGCUCUUAUCCAGAGCGACUUACAGGAGCAAUUAGGGUUAAGUGCCUUGCUCAAGGGCACAUCGACAGAUUUUUCACCUAGUCGGCUCGGGGAUUAGAACCCGAGACCUUUCGGUUACUGGCACAACGCUCUUAACCACUAAGCUACCUGCCGCACCACAUUUGAUAGCUGUGCAUGCCAGUCUUCUAGGCUGUCCUAUACAUUGUUUUACAAAAUCAUGAAUGUGUCAUAUAUAAUGUCACAUGUGGCUUCAUAAAAUGGGAUUUCAUAUAAUGCAUCUCAUGACAUAAAUCAUGAACAUCAUGCACUAUUAGCAUUGUGUCAUGUUAUGCUCAUUUUUUGUGGGCUAUAAAAAGGCUUAUUUAUGUAGACUUGUGGGAAUGCUAUAUGAAGUUAUAAUUACUGUAUUAAUUACAUGACUAAAAGGCUCUGCAUGGUCAAUCCGACAUCUGCAGUGGCCGUACAGCAUUUACUGCAAUACGGCAUCUGUAAAAGUCAGGGCAUUUAUACUUCUUUCGCUUCGCUGAGCAGAGCUGUUGUGAAGGAAGUUGUCAAGGAAGUGAGUUUGUGUUUAUACUGGACCUGCCGCCACCACCUACCACCAACCAAUCGUGUCAAUACGCUAUACAGAGCCCUCCACAUUGUUACCGGCGAUGCGGUACGGAGCUUCAUUUGGCCUCUGAAUGCCUCCGCAAUUGCUUCACACCCUCAAUUUUCAGAUCAAGCAUGAAUUGGCUUUUAUGCAAACACACGCCCGCAUACUUGCACAUAUGCACACGCAUGCACGCACACACACACAGACACUAAAACACCUCACUGUCCCUACUGCAGAGGUUUAUAUGUUUCACUGCUCAGGGCAUUGCUAUUGGACAGGUUUGUCAAAGUCUAGAGUUUCAGAUAUUUAUGAAAUCCAUUCUAUCUACAAUCAGUCAGAACACCCCAGGGUGACAUUGUGGGAUAUUUGAGAGUAGAGUAGAGUGGAGUGGAGUGGAGUGGAGGUGUGUGUAUGUGUGUGUAUGUGUGUGUGUGUGUGUGUGUGUGUGUGUGUGUGUGUGUGUGUGUGUGUGUGUGUGUGCAAUCUUAGAGGUCAAUGUGAAGGUUUUGGGAGGGAAAUUAAUCCACAGUUUGUAACCAGUUUGAAACCUGUGUCUCUCAAGAUGCUGAUACAGCACGUUGCUUAUCUGGAACUUAGCUGUGAUAGGCCUUGAAUCAUUUAUUAAACACCCUCACUUUUAAUGGAGAUCACCUCAACCUUGUGUAUCCUGAUGUUAAAUCCUAUCUAGCUUUCUCUUUGAAAUAUGUAAGAGCAGUGUAGAAGGACUAGAUAGUAGUCUGUGUGUCUGCCUGUCUCUCUUUGUCUCUCUGUAUUUCACCCAGGGUGAUUUUGCCUCCCCCUCUAUAGAAAGGGUUUAUUGUUCUAUCCAUAACUCUCCACUAUAGAGUUAACCCUCUCCCUCUCCUCACCUGUACCUCUCCAGUCCAGGAAAAGCCAGAGAUGGCAGCCAUGCCCCUGUCCCUGGAGAGUCGCUCCUGUGUGCUGAUCCGUAGGGACCUGGUGGCCCUGCCCGCCAGCCUCGUUAGCCAGAUCGGCUACCGCUGCCACCCCAAGCUCUACACCGAAGGAGACCCGGGGGAGAAACUGGAGCUGGUUGGAGGUAGGCAGCAGGAGGGGAGAAAGAGAGGGGGAUUGGUGAAUACUGGUUAGAUGAGACCAGUUUUUUGAAGUAGCAAGGCUGAGAUCUCUGUUGGUCUUUGGUAAAAGGGUUGAGGUAGAAGGUAGAGAUUAGAUCAAAUGCUUUAUGAAAUGUUCAAGUUCCAGUUGAUUUGCCAUUUGUAAUGAAUACGAUGGAAAUCGUAUUUAUUCAAGAGGUGUCACAUAAAAUAAGUGAUGGAAAUGAAGAUAAGUGAUGGGGUGAAAUAGCACUGUCUGGGUGAGAGUACUUUUACAGCAUAAAUGUUUAAUGAAAGAAAUGAGAGGUUGGCAGAGUUGGGUUGUAAAGUAGCGAUAGAAAUACAUAGGGGUAAUGGAGUCGUGAUGGGGAAACCUAUUUCACUCAGGAAGCUCUCUCUCACACCACCCAAGGAACAUCUGUGUUUAUGACACGAGGCCAGCUAAUGAACUGUCACCUGUGUGCUGGCAUCAAACACAAAGUCCUACUGCGUCGCCUGCUCGCCACCUUCUUCGACAGGUAAGUCAAAGAUAAUCUAAAAGGUAUUGAUUAAUAGUUAAAUGAUUUACAUGUUUUAGGUGUGGCUCAGAUCCAGAAGCUGUUAGCUUUACCAGUAUAGUUUUCAUGAUGAAGUGUCUGUUUCAUGAAUGAUCGUAUUCAGACUCAAAAUCCAUACACAUAUCCAACUUACAUUUAGAUUCCUUGUUUUCAAGGCCCUUACUUGCACAAAGUUUAGUAUAUAAACUCAGCAAAAAAAGAAAUGUCCUCUCACUGCCAACUGCGUUUAUUUUCAGCAAACUUAACAUGUGUAAAUAUUUGUAUGAACAUAACAAGAUUCAACAACUGAGACAUAAACUGAACAAGUUCCACAGACAUGUGACUAACAGCAAUGGAAUAAUGUGUCCUUGAACAAAGGGGGGGUCAAAGUCAAAAGUAACAGUCAGUAUCUGGUGUGGCCACCAGCUGCAUAAAGUACUGCAGUGCAUCUCCUCCUCAUGGACUGCACCAGAUUUGCCAGUUCUUGCUCUUCCACCAAGACACCUGCAAGUUCCCGGACAUUUCUGGGGGGAAUGGCCCUAGCCCUCACCCUCCAAUCCAACAGGUCCCAGACGUGCUCAAUGGGAUUGAGAUCCGGGCACUUCGCUGGCCAUGGCAGAACACUGUCAUUCCUGUCUUGCAGGAAAUCAUGCACAGAACGAGCAGUAUGGCUGGUGGCAUUGUCAUGCUGGAGGGUCAUGUCAGGAUGAGCCUGCAGGAAGGGUACCACAUGAGGGAGGAAGAUGUCUUCCCUGUAACGACAACAAGCUCAGUCCGCCCCAGACCAUGACGGACCCUCCACCGCCAAAUCGAUCCCGCUCCAGAGUACAGGCCUCGGUGUAACGCUCAUUCCUUCGACGAUAAAUGCGAAUCCGACCAUCACCCCUGGUGAGACAAAACCGUGACUCGUCAGUGAAGAGCACUUUUUUCUAGUCCUGUCUGGUCCAGCGACGGUGGGUUUGUGCCAAUAGGCGACGUUGUUGCCGGUGAUGUCUGGUGAGGACCUGCCUUACAAUAGGCCUACAAGCCCUCAGUCCAGCCUCUCUCAGCCUAUUGUGGACAAUCUGAGCACUGAUGGAGGGAUUGUGCGUUCCUGGUGUAACUCGGGCAGUUGUUGUUGCCAUCCUGUACCUGUUCGGAUGUACCGAUCUUGUGCAGGUGUUGUUACACGUGGUCUGCCACUGCGAGGACGAUCAGCUGUCCGUCCUGUCUCCCUGUAGGGCUGUCUUAGGCGUCUCACAGUAUGGA